CAUUUCCCUGCUGCACCCUUCCCCGUGACCGCAUCCACCCACCCCCGAUCCGCAAGACCGUUCUUUCAUCCCCCCAUGCAUGCAAAACGGCAGAGUCACGUGGAAGGUCACGCUCCUAAACCGUCUGGCCGCCCCACUGCAACCAACGAGCGAGCGAGCGAGGAAGGAAUGGUCAUCAAGGCAAAUAGCACGUGACUUCCCGAGCUCUCCCAGAAGUUUUGCUCCCUCAGCCCAUCCAUUUCGCGCAUUCCCGAACCCGACGACGAACGACGGAAUCGACGACGCCCUCCAACGACCCCCAGCUCCUCGUCAAUCCCUCAACCAUGAAGUACUCACUCGCCCCCUACAUUCUGCGGAGGCCCUGGUUGGCCCGGCUCUUCAAGCCCGCGGCCACCUGGUACGUCAACGCCGCCGGCUACCGCCAGCUCGGCCUGAGACACGAUGACCUUCUCGAGGAGGAGAACGAUGCCGCCCAGAAGGCCCUCAAGCGAAUCUCCGCCAAGGACUCCUACGAGCGAAUCUACCGUAUCCGCCGCGCUGUUCAGUGCAGUUACCAGCACAAGCUGCUUCCCAAGGAGCAGUGGACCACCACCGCCACUGAUACCCGCUACCUAUCACCCGUCAUCGAAGGCAUCAAGGCCGAGAUGGCCGAGAAGGAGGAGCUCGACUCCAUUGCCGUCAUCCGCAAGAACUAAGCGGUCCGGUUGACCAAUCGGGGAAUUUGACGAGUGUAUAGAGUAGGAGGAUGGGUGGUUUGAGCGUGAACAGCGCCUCCAAAGAGCGAACGGCGACCCAAAUGGACUAGACAGUCGCGUGUACCCUAUGUAUAGAGGUCGUCUACUGACUCACUUUACACAA